GGGUGCCAAGCAUUGCUGUGACUGCAGAAGCGGUCAUCUGCCAGACUUGUUCACGCCUUACCUUGAAGCAGACGUUCGUGAAUGCGGAGAAAGAAGCUCUGGAUGAAGCUGUGUACACAUUUCCGCUGUACGAGGGGGCCGCGGUCGUGGCCUUCACUUGCACAGUCCAGGACCAGGUCAUUGUAGGAGACUCAUCCAACACUCGGCAACAAUCAAAGGGCGGUCCUGCUCUCUCUGAUCCCCAAGUUCUACAUGCCACGGAUCAGACCUGAGAGUGUUUUCAAAGCUGACAGAAGCGGCAGUAUGGAAGAUCAGAUGCCGCAGCUGCGAACUGCGUUGACGACCACCAAAUCCGAGCACGAUGGAGACGCAUUCGAGAUUGUCGAGCGCGAAGAAAGCUCUGCACCAGCUCCGAAGGCUGAUGAAGCCCAACUGCAGCCCACUGUCAUUUCCCUGUACGAUGAAUCAGCUUCUGCAGACGCGGAAAUAAUGCAGCCCACUUCGAAGGACGUGUUCGCCCAUCUUCCAGCCCUCGCAGUGCCGACCAGGAUACAGACUCCCCACCGCAUUCCACCGCUCUACCCAUUCAACCGGACCACUGUCUACGUCCUUCUGUCGGGAUCAGAGCCAACUCCGGCAGUGAUCACCGUGUAUAGCACCACCAAAUCGGGCAUCCGACUAGAGCAACAGGUCGCUGUCAAAGAUGUGGGCUUGGGCACCACGGUCCAUCAAUUGGCAGCGAAGAAGCUUUUGCAGGAACUGGAUGAAGGGGGCAGGUACCUUCAUUCGGGCGAGUUCGGAGUGGAUCCGCAAUCAGAGCCGGGGAAGUUUGUGGAUGUUGUCGAGAGAGAGGGCGUGAGAGUAGGCUUGACCUUCGAAGUGGUCGGGAAGUGGACCAGUUUUGUAGCUGUUGAAGUGGAAGAAUCUAAUUUCGAACUUCGAAAUUCGAAGUUGUUGAGAAAGGGUUCUGCUCCUCUAGGUUUCGUUUUUCCCAGUCGGUUGUCGACAAGGAGUGGUGUUCUUCCAGAUUUCGCUUUUCCCAGUCGGAAGUCAAGAUCUAGUCAAUAUGUGCGGGCGGUCGUCGAUUCGCUUACAUCAUUGUAUUGCUCAUUGGGCAAGCUGUCUGGAGUCCGGGUAUUGCGCGCCGUGUACUCUUCCGGUCACAGAGUGACAGUGAGCUGACUCAAGAUUCAGAGGAGAGCAAGCCAAGCAAGCAAGCAAGAGUAAGCUUUUUAGACGGCAGGCCUUCGAUGGCAGCUUCCCCUGGGUGUGUGGGAGAUAGCGGUGGAGAAGACAGAUGCUUGGGCUGUUGAGACGGCUGGAGAAGCAGUAUGGAAUGCAGUGAAAGCUUGGGCGUCUCUCUGACGGGUGAAUUAAAAUCGAAUGAUUUUUGAGCCACGUCGUGAUCCUCUUCGUCUGUAUAUCGAGCAUUGAUAGCUCACGCUGUACAUAAAAAAAAAAGCUUCAUGUGAGACUCACUUAUGCUGAAACCGGGCAUCUCACUAAGCUCUAGAGUUUAAUCUCCACAUGAGUCCGUUUCUAAAUUGUAAUGGAUAUACCAGCAACUCUU